CCCGGAAAUGUCAGGUGGGAAUACCGGAAAUAGUUUUUGUUGACGGUCGGCCAUUUGAGUUCAGGUCAAUUUGUUGUUUCUUUUUCCGAAACAGUUUUAUCAUUUUAACGCUUUAAUGCGUCCCUUUCAUGUUUAGAUUUGGAAUAACAACGAGAACAUUGAUACUGAUUAACUGGGCGUAACCCGUUUUGUUUGGUCCGACUGGGGGCAAUGCUAACAUUAGCCUAGCAUUCGCUAAAUUCCUGCUAGCAAGCUACACAUUGUGUCACCCGUUUCACCAAAUAGUCUCGCUUUUUCUCACUUUUUACCAGGAGUCCGUUAACCACCAGAAAUAAUGGCGGUUGUUAACAAUGGCGCCCUGAAGAAGAUGUUGAUGCAGUACAAGUACAGGGACCUGACAGUUCGUGAAAUCACCACCGUCAUCUCUCAGUACAAAGACCUGAAGCCGGUUAUGGAUGGUUAUGUUUUCAACGAUGGCUCUACAAGAGACCUGAUGAGUUUAACAGGGACAGUUCCAGUUACCUAUAGAGGCAACAUCUACAACAUCCCAGUAUGUCUGUGGUUACUGGACACCUACCCCUUCAACCCUCCCAUUUGUUUUGUUAAACCUACAAGUACCAUGAUGAUCAAAACUGGGAAACAUAUCGAUGCCAAUGGAAAGAUCUACUUGCCCUAUCUACAUGAGUGGAAGCAUCCUCAGUCAGAACUGUAUGGACUUAUUCAGGUGAUGAUUGUGGUGUUUGGAGAUGAGCCUCCUGUGUUUUCUCGCCCUACCACCCAAGCGCCUUACCAGGCUUUCCAAGCUGCUGGACCCCCUAACCCUUCUUAUGUACCUGGCAUGCCUGCAGUUUCACCCUAUGGUCCAAAUCCUAAUGCAGGAAACUAUCCAGGUUACCAGUACUCUGGGGGGAACUCUUACCCAACUACCACUGGUCCUGCACACUACCCCGCACAAACUCCUGUGUCCACAGUGGGCUCAAACAGAGACGGCACCAUUGGUGAGGACACCAUUCGUGCAUCGCUGAUCUCAGCUGUUAGUGACAAGCUCCGCUGGAGGAUGAAGGAGGAAAUGGACAGGGCUCAGGCGGAGUUGGACGCCCUCAAGCGGACAGAAGAAGACCUCAAGAAGGGCCAUCAGAAACUGGAGGAUAUGAUCUCACGAUUAGACCAGGAAGUGUCUGAAGUUGACAGGAACAUCGAGCUGCUGAAGCGUAAAGACGAGGAGCUGAGUGAUGCCCUAGAGAAAAUGGAGAACCAGUCAGAGAACAAUGACAUUGAUGACAUCAUCGUGCCCACAGCCCCUCUUUACAAACAGAUUUUGAACUUGUACGCCGAGGAAAAUGCAAUCGAAGACACCAUCUUCUACCUGGGAGAGGCCCUCCGCAGGGGGGUCAUAGACCUGGAGGUUUUUCUCAAGCACGUACGCCUUCUGUCCAGAAAGCAGUUCCAGCUCCGUGCCCUCAUGCAAAAAGCCCGCAAGACUGCCGGCCUCAGUGACCUCUACUGAGCAACACAAGCAGGAAACACUCACGUCUUCUCUGGUUCCUCUCUUUGCUCCUCUUUGUUCUAUCUCAUCUCUAUCGGGCCACCGAGCUGUUUAGAUGUUCAUAAGACGACUCGUACACUUGAUAAGACCAAAUACUUGGACUUGUGACCCGGCCAUGACACCAUCAUGUGUACUGUGGCUUACACAAACGAUGCCUAACUUCUUACACAUACCGAUAAAGAGGAGCCUGUUUUGUGUUGCACUACAGGGAAACACACGGGCUACGAUAAGAAUUUCUUAGCCGGUGUUUGUUGAGUAAGCACAAAAUAUUGGGGGCGCUUGGCUAAUGGAUAGCCCUCAUCAUCAUGAAAAGGUUAAGCUCUGAUAUAAAUACCCGAGGCAGCCAUUUAGGAAGUACCUUAAAUUAGUGCGGCAUACAGCCUGGGCCAAGUUCACAAGGCUUUUUAUAUGUUUUAAAAAUAUUUUUCACUUCUCCCCUUCCUCAUCCAGAUAGUGUGAAGUUUUUCAUCGUACUUGUCAGCUGCUCAGGUUAGCCCUCCAAUUGGAUUGUUUGGCUGCAUUAACCAAUCAUGUACAGUAGCUCUUCUAUUCUGUACAGUGUCUUUCUUUCUACAUCUUUUUUCUUUUUGCUGUCCAUUCUUAUUUUUCUGAAUAAGUCAGUGAUAAACUGUUUUUAUGUCUUCUAAUAAGACAUGAGUGUUUGUGGGUACAAAAAAAAACUUAUACUAAUCAAAAGUUAAGUUAUGACGAACACUUCAUUUAACUUAGCCUUCUACUAAAUGCACUUUGAAAUGUAUGAUAGAAUAUCUGCUGUUAUUUUUGUGUUUCCAGUUCAGCCAUAGACCAUCUUUUGUAUCUGUAGAUUUAUGUAAAUCAGUUAAAAUAAAAAUAAAUCUGA